GUAGGUACUUGGUACUCUGGUUUUCGCAGUUGUACUUUUUGCCGGUGUAGUAUCGACUAGUAAGGUUUAAAACAACAGAAAAUUCCAUAACUCUCGCACCAAUGUAAAAAUAGGCACGCUGUUUCGAACCAGUAAAGUACUGUUCAGUGGUUUUUAUGGACUGAGUGCAGUUAUCAUAGCAUUACAAGCAUCAUUGCGCAAGUGAACAUUAUUAAUAGAUUAAUUUAAAGAAUGUAAAUAAAGGAUCGUAUCAAUUUUCAUUGUCCGUGUAAUUGAAAAAUAAACAGUGAUGAAUGACGAAAACACGGUACCAGCUAGUCAAGCAAGCACCGUACUCAACUUGAGCACAGAUUCCGGCUUCUACACAGACUGGAAACAGGAGUACCAGCUAGACACGGAACAAGCUAUUUUGAGCGCAGGCCGAACGGAAAGUAUCAUGCUGUCCACCACGCGGUUGAUCUCUACUCUGUGUACUUUAUUGAAAUUACCACAUAGCGUAGAGUUCUCCUCCAUCGAUACUUUGGAACGAUUUUUGGUCACGGUCAUUGAUGAUGCUGAAGGAACAUCUGCAAGGAAUUUCGUGCAGCAAAUGCCUCUGUAUGUAUUCAGCGUGCUAAGCCUCGUGAGUAAAUUUUUCGAUGCUCACGUUAAAUUAGACCCACGUGUGCUGGAGCAGAUCCUUCAACAGUACGCUCCGAACUUACCCUGGUCCGACAAAAGAAUGCUGGAAUUGGAGUUCGAAGUUCUCAAAAAGCUAAACUACAAGAUCAAACAUUCACUUCUGUUAGGCGCAGUCGAACGAUUUUCGAAGGAAUUUAUAUUGACACUUGGAAUAGCCCGGAAAGACUUUGUUGGAUCCAUAGGGGUCAAAUUGUUACGAGUCGUUUACGCGCAAAAACAUCACAUCUACAGCAGCUUGAGACCGAGUAUCAAAUGUGAAGACAUGUUCGUGCGGUUCAAGUCCAAUAAAUUGAUUCUGGCUGCCGCAACGGUAACGGCAAUGCUGAAGUUUUGCGGCGCUGUUCAGGAACGGGUAGUGGAUCAAGUCGUCAACCAGCUGUCGAAUGAAUGUUUUGUGGAGCCGAAAAACAUUAUCUUCUUACGAGAUGCCAUUCUGAACGUGUUCAAUUAAUCAUAGUUGCUCGGAAGGUGUCAUUUAGUCAAUGUUCAGUCUAAUAGUGUACAAGGGCUUACAAGCUUACGGAGCUGGUAUUCCUACUUUGAAUAGGAAUGGUGGAACUGGGCUUCGUGCUAAUGAACCUCAAAGCUGUCCAUUCUUUGCAUACCUAAUGUGUUUAGUUUCGUGCAAAAUAUGAUUUCUGGGCUGUUUUGGUGUCAAAUGUGUUUCAAUUUUUGUAAGUCGUGCACAGCACGCGUCGCUCUAUUGAAUGAACAUAGUAACAGUUUUUUCUUCGAUAAUAUAUUCUCCUCCGACAGUUUGUGUUCAUUGAGUUAGAUAAAUGGGCAGUAUCUACACAUUACAUCAUAACAUAUUGCAACCAGAUCAGGAUUAGUGGGAUAUCGGGUUGCUAUUUUUUGCUUUUU